AUGGUCAAAAAGCAGACGACUAUCCUGAACCCGCGCAACAUCUCGGACAUUCUGGACUCAGACACGUCAUCCCUGGGCGUCCGCAGUGCAGACAUCGAAGCCAUCAUCUUGUCGCAUGCCCAUUUCGAUCAUGUCGGCGACCCGUCGACGUUUCCACCGUCCACCAACCUUGUCGUCGGGCCUGGCAUCCGGGACUCCCAUUGGCCCGGAUACCCAAUCAACCCAGCCGCGAUCAAUCUCGACUCGGACAUCCAAGGCCGCCACGUGCGGGAAAUCACCUUCGACAAGACAGAAAUGGGAGCUGUCACUAUCGGCUCGUUCGACGCCCUGGACUAUUUCGGGGAUGGGUCCUUCUAUCUUCUAAAUUGCCCAGGCCAUUCCGUUGGCCAUAUAUGCGCCCUCGCUCGCGUUACCGUCUCUCCGGACUCGUUCGUGUUUAUGGGUGGAGAUUCUUGCCACCAUCCUGGUGUGCUUCGGCCUACAAAGUAUCUCCCUUGCCCAUCUCAGUCUUGCCACAGUCGACUUUCUGAUCGCUCGUGCGAAUCCAAAUCCGAAUCCGUCUUCACACUGUCGCCUGUGCUGACUUCCGACUACGAUACGGCUUUGAAGACAGUAGACAACAUUAAAGAGCUCGAUGCUUCCGAUGAUGUAUUUGUGAUUCUUGCCCAUGAUAGUACCUUGAGAGGAAACGUCGACUUUUAUCCUUCGACCAUCAACGAUUGGAAGGCAAAAGGGUACGACAUGAACACAAGAUGGCUGUUUUGCAAGGAACUCGAAAACGCUCAGGAGAGCAGCAAGUAG